UCAGCGGUUCCGGGCUCUGCGGUCCGCCUCGUUGUUGGUUGGCUGUUAAUCCGUUGGCGCUCCCAUGGCUUGGUGAUUUCGGCGGCGGUGGCGGCACUGUGGCGGAGGGCGGUGGAGAUCGUGAAGACCAAGGAGUUCCGGGAUUACGUGACCAGCACGCACUUCUGGGGUCCAGUGCCCAACGGGGGCCUCCCGCUGGCCGCCUUCAAGGACACGAGGGCGCCGCCGGACAUCAUUAGCGGCCCCAUGAUGACGACGCUCAUCUUGUACUCGAUGGUGUUCAUGCGCUUCGCCUACCUCGUACAGCCUCGAAACUUAAUGCUGAUGGCGUGUCACGGCACCAACGUGGUGGCGCAGAGUAUGCAGGGGAACCGCUAUCUGAUCUACCACUACGGCGGCACCACGGCGGCCACAGCCGCUGCUGCCUCUGUCGCCUCUCCCGGCUCUACCGCUGCUACCCGCCCUGCAGCUGAAGACCCUGUGACUGACGGCGACUGCCUGGAGGUCGCCGACUACGAUCCGCUGACCCCAGAACAUGAUUGAGAGGGCCCUAUCAAAUCUUUGCAGCUUGCAAGCACUGAACUGUUCUUCCUAAAGAAAAGAUCAAUGAAAAGUUUGGUUUUGACUCUGAAACAGUGUGAAUCUGAUUGAAACCU